AUGAGACCUAAAAUACUCAGGCCUCAGGUGCACUCUGCUGCGGCGGCGCUUGUGCGCUUCGCGUCGGCGUCUUCCUCGUCGUCGUCUGCUCAUCAGGGUGUCUUACAGCCUUCUGCUUCCUUGAUGGAUAAGAAGAAGGUAGAAGAGAAGAAACUGCCGCCUUUGGCUGUCAUGCGUACUAAGACACUGGUGCGGUCUUUGCUGUUUACGUCUGUGAUGGCGUCGCCGUUACUUCUGAAGUCUAGCCUGUCUGCGUUGAAAUUUGUCGUCGAGUCCAAGUCCCCGCUGCUCAGUCCGUCCAAGAACCCGCUUAUGAACUACCUUUUGCGGACGACGAUUUACAAUCAUUUCUGUGCGGGGGCCAACGAGGUGCAGGUGCGUGGGACGGUACGCCAUAUGAAAGACCUUGGCUUCAAGGGGGUUAUUCUGGGGUAUGCAAGGGAGUCGGUGGUGAGUCUGGAAGACCCGGGCGUGCAGGAGAAGCCACCGGCUUGCCAACAGGCAGUGCUGGACUAUGCUAUUGAGGAAUGGAAGCAGGGGAACUUGCGGACCCUGGGCAUGAUCGGGAAGGGAGACUUCCUGGGCAUUAAGUUCACCGGCGCCGGACCAGCGGCCGUAGAGGCCCUCGCGCGCGGCGACGCCCAACCACCACCGAAGAUGCUACAGGCCAUUACGGAGAUCUGCGAGGCAAUUGCCGCACAGGAGUCCCGGCUGUGGAUUGACGCUGAGCAGCAGGUCUUCCAACCAACGAUCGACGCAUGGACUAUCGACUUGAUGCGGCGGUUCAACCGGAACGGGAAGGUCGUGGUCUACAACACUAUUCAAGCCUACCUGAAGGCGUCAGUUGAGAAUGUCCACCGCCACUUGACGCUUGCAGCUGCCGAGGGCUGGACUCUGGGGAUCAAGCUGGUACGCGGCGCGUACAUCGCACACGACCAUCGGUCCUGCAUUCACGACACCAAGGCAGAAACAGACCGCAGCUACAACCACAUCGUCGAAAGUAUCCUCACCCGCCAGUUUCCGUUGGAUACAGGUCGCUCACAGCUGAAAUUCCCUGACACCCGACUGUUCGUGGCGUCACACAAUGCUGACAGCGUGCGCAAAGCCUACUCCCUCUCUCGGUACCGACUGCAGAACGGACUGCCCACUGUUCCAGUAGAGGUGGGCCAGUUGCAGGGAAUGGCGGACGAGAUAAGCUGCGGUUUGAUCGCCGAGAACCUCCAGGCCUCCGCCACCGCGGACCACCUUCCCGAGAACCCGGGCGUAUUCAAGUGUCUGGCGUGGGGGUCAAUUGAGGAGUGUUUACAUUUCCUGCUGCGUCGGGCGGUUGAGAACCAGUCAGCUAUGGGCCGUACACACGAGACGCUGAAAGCACUCAAACGGGAAGCAUGGAGGCGGGUUGGAUGGUCUUGA